CAAAUAAGAGGGUGGGGCUUGUUUGCAAGAGCUAGCUGAUCUGAGAAUUUGGUGAUCUCUAGCUCUAGCUCUGUAUACAACAGUAAGAUGUCCCUCUCAGACGAGGAGGUGGGAGAAGAUGGUGGAGACCAAAGAUUGCAAGAGCUUUGGGCUAAGAAGAGUAGACGCCGCUCCAGUGAGCUUAAGAUUCUGGUGCAAGACAAUCUGGAGAUCAGAGAUAACAGUAAACUGACCAUGCACCUAGCAAAAAAUGGGGAGACAAGCAUCUUUUUCUCUGAUGUGGUGACCAAAGUGAAUAGGAAAGGAAGGACACAGGACAGAUGGCUCAUGAUCACAGAUGGUGCCGUGUACAACAUUGACCCAACAUCAGUCAAAAUUCGCCGAAGAAUUGCCCUCAGCAAUAUCAGUCACAUCAGCACAAGUCAACUCUCAGACAACUUUUUUCUCAUUCACGUUCCAACCGAGUAUGAUUAUCUCUACAUCAGCGGCCGGAAAACUGAGAUAGUGGCCGUACUAAGACUGGCCUACAUGCACGCAACAGGAGAGGAACUAAAUGUUGCACUACACAAUAUAAUUGACUAUCGCAUUGAUAAGGAGCAGCAAAGGAGACUUGUGUUUCAGAGAGGAGAAGACGGAGUGUUCACUAAAAUCUAUGCUAAGAAAACCACAAGAUAACUGAACUCUCGACUCAAUGUGUGUGUGUGUGUGCGUGUUUGUGUCUCACCCCUGUGUACCCUAGCCAUUCUCAAUUUCACAGUAUUAACUCUUUUAUAUAACUCAAUAAGUUUUUGCUCAUUACAAAUAAUUUUACAGGUGAAAAUUGAAUAUUAACUCAAC